AUGCCAGCAGUUUUGGCUCAAACUAAUUAUUGUAGUGCUAAUCUGUGUAAAAAGGGGAAACACAUUGCUUGCAACAACAAGGGAAAUUUUGCCUCAAUUUGCAAAAAUCCAAAACUUAUAAAAAUAACCCCGAAUUUACGUAACAGAAUUGUCAACAAACACAAUACACUUCGUAAUAAAAUCGCUAAAGGUUUCGGUAAAUUUCCAAAAGCCCAACGUAUGGCCACCAUGGUGUGGAAUAAUGAGUUAGCGAAAAUAGCCGAGUACAAUGUCAAACAGUGUCAAAUGCGUCAUGAUAAAUGUCGUAAUACGAAAAACUUUUCUCAUUCCGGACAAAACAUUGCCAUCUCAACGUGGAGUGGCAAACAAAUGAACGUGGGCCAAGUGGUCAAUACACAUAUACAAAACUGGUUCAAGGAAUAUAAAAAUUGCCCCUUGAGCGCCAUCAAAAGCUAUAAAAAUCCCAAGAAUGGCAAGGCUAUUGGUCAUUUCACCGCCAUGGUUCAAGAUAAAUCUACUGAUGUUGGUUGUGCCAUUUUGAGACAUAGAAAGAAUGGUUCCAUGCAACAGAUAAUGACCUGCAAUUAUGCUUAUACUAAUAUGAAAAAAUCUCCAGUUUAUCGUCAGGGACCAACUGCCUCGAAAUGUAAAACUGGAAAAGAUAAGAAAUUUAAAUCUUUAUGCUCUACUCGGGAAAAAUAUAAUUUAAAGAAAUAA